AUGAAUUAAAUAUACUAAGAUAAAGCAAUAUUAUUAACAGAAUUGCAAUAAUUGAAACAAAGAAAUCUCAAAUUGGAGUUUGAGCUUAAAGAACUAUUCUAAUCUUGCAACACUAUGAGAUCUAAAUCAUCAAAAGAUAAAAUUUAUUUAUUAGAAGAAGAAUUAGAUGAUUUAAAGUAAAUUAUUUUUUUAAAAAGUCUAGAAUUUAACAUAAAAAUAUGAAAGACAGUUUUGAUUAUAAGCUUGAGCUAUUGCGUAUUCGUUUAGAAAAAGUUAAUCAAGAGAAUAAUUAAUUGAAAUUAGAAAAUUUGGAAUUAAUUUAACAGUAAAAUGAUUAAAUUUAAUAAACUCAUUCCAUUAUUUAGAUGGCAAAAUAAACCAAAGUCUUAUAAAAUUCAUAAAUUAACAAUUUUAAGGAUUAAGUAAAUAAAAUAAAAACUGUUGUUGAAUAAAAAAUUGUUAAGAAAUCUAAUAAAUCAUUAAUAAAUACAAAAAAAUGA